CGGGGUUGGGCGGAGCGGUCAGAGCGCGCUGGAGCUGAGAAGGGGUACCCAGGAUUGCGGCCGCAGCUGCGACCAGAGUCCCUAAGACCCUCCUGCCCCAGGUCACGCUGUAGAGGUUUCGCUCUAACGGCAGACUUACCUGGACUUCGCCGCCACCAAGCCCUGGAGGAUCUUCUGCUGUGAAGACAUUACCCAAGUCCCAGCAAAUCUGACCCAAGGGUCCUGGAAAGAGAAGCAGGGUGGUCUUCUCCAGGUCGGUUUCCCCUUGGCCCUUGGGACCUUAGUUGGAGCUGGGGUAGAUUUGGCUCCCUCCUACAGACCCAUGGCACACCGGCUACAGCUGCGACUGCUGACGUGGGACGUGAAGGACACGCUGCUCAGAGUCCGCCGCCCCAUUGGAGAGGAAUAUGCCUCCAAGGCCCAGGCCCAUGGGCUGGAGGUGGAGGCUGCGGCCCUGGGACAAGCCUUCAGACAGGCGUACAAGGCUCAGAGCCACAGCUUCCCCAACUAUGGCCUGAGCCACGGCCUCACCUCCCGCCAGUGGUGGCUGGAUGUGGUCCUGCAGACUUUCCACCUGGCAGGUAUCCGGGAUGCCCAGGCUGUGGCCUCUAUCGCUGACCAGCUGUACAAGGACUUCAGCAGCCCCUGCACCUGGCAGAUGUUGGAGGGGGCUGAGGCCACCCUGAAGGGGUGCCGAAAGCGAGGGCUAAGACUGGCAGUAGUCUCCAACUUUGACCGGCGACUGGAGGACAUCCUGGUGGGUCUUGGCCUACGAGAACACUUCGACUUUGUGCUGACCUCCGAGGCUACUGGCUGGCCCAAGCCGGACCCCCGCAUUUUCCGUGAGGCCUUGCGGCUUGCUCACGUGGAACCGGCAGCGGCAGCCCAUAUUGGGGACAGUUACCACUGUGAUUACAGGGGGGCACGGGCUGUAGGCAUGCACAGCUUCCUGGUGAUUGGCCCAGGGCCUUUGGACUCUGAAGUCAAGGAUUCUGUACCCCAAGAACAUAUACUCCCCUCACUGCCCCAUCUCCUGCCUGCCCUUGACCGCCUGGAGGGCUCACCCCCGGGGCAGUGAGUCUGGUGAGGGAAGUGGCUGGACCCAACAAACAGUAGAGACAGGGAGCCCUUUCCUUCCCAAGACCUGGCCUUUGCCCCUCUCCCUGCAGCCUUUAUACAACGCAUUCUGACUAUAAAGCGGUGAGUGUGGGGCUUUCAGCCCUGCCCCACUGGCCAGCU